AGGGGUGUUGGGGCAGGGGCGCUGGCCGGGGGGAGGUGUUACUGCACGGUAGGCGCCUGUAUCCCGGUGUCUCGGCGCCCUGCUGUUUCUAGUCGCGCAGUGUCCUAGUGCCCAGUGUCCCGUGUCCCUGGUGUCCGGGUAUUCCGGAGUCCCGGCACCCCAGUAUCCCGCUGUGUCCGCGUACCCCGGUGCCCCGCCACCCUGGUGUGCCUAGCCGCCCAGUGUUCCGUGUCCCCGGUGGCUCGGAGCCUCACUCUCCCAAGUUCGUCAAGGCCCCGCUGUCCCCAGCCGUGUCGCAGCAGCAGGGCGCAUGCGUGCCAGCAUGCAGCGCAUGCGCAUAGUGCGCCCCGCCCGGAGGAGCGGUACCGCGGAGCCCCAGCAGGGGGCCGUGCCCGAGGCCGCUGCCUGCCCUCGCUCCUUAUCGCGGCCUGUCGCGACCUGCGGCGGGGGGGCGUGGUGCCGGUGGCCGGGACAUGGCGUCGCGUGGGGGAGGUCGGUCUCGGAACCGGGCUCCUCCUGGCAGGAAGGAAAAGACUUUUGAACCCUCUUCAACAGUUGUAGAAGAGCCCGAGCCUGAACCUGAGCCUGAGCCUGUUCCAUAUGUUCUGCAAGGAGAGGACAUCCAGGCACUUGAAAUUAGGGCGGAGGACCUGGAGAAACUUCAUGCUCCACGCCUUGCCCGUGAUGCUGGGAGAAUUCCAGUUCGGAAGAAUUACCUUGUGCGAAAAUAUCGACCCAAGGAGGUGGCACAUCUUGUAGCACAUCCUGUUCCCCCCAAGGCACCCAGGGGACCACUGACUUUUCCUGGAUCAAGACAGUUUGAUGAUGGCUGUGAAGAGAUCCUCCCUCAUCACAUUUUGGGAAGUCUCCAGGAGUUAAGGAUGGAAGCCUUGGCCAAAAGAAACACUCAGCUAGCAGAUGCUAUUAAGGUUCCUCAUCCAGAUGUUACUGCAGCAGCUUUAGAAGAGGAACAUGGAGGAGAGGAGAAAGAAAAGGCACAUCAGGCCCAACUAGCAGAGCACAAAGCUUUCCAGAACUGGAGCCGUCAUAUGGCAAUGAGGAAAAAGCAGGAGAAACACCUAGGAGAAAUUCUUCACAAGCCAGAGAAUGAAUUGCUGAUGAACACGUCAGACAAUUACAGGCAAAUCCAGGAAGAACGUGACCUCAUUGACCGGACUCUCCCUGCCCUGUUUCCUGGAAAGGGACAUCGAGUGGGAAGCGAGUUCUGGAGCCUUCCUGAGCAAAUUGGGGAUGAACUCACCGGGCUGACUCUGACCCUGACCCGGACAGAAUGUGGGCACCCAGAACCACUCACUCAUGUGGGGAAACCCCAAGCUGUCCAGAGGGAAACAGGUCUGAAGCCUCCAAAGAAGAUUCCUUGCCACCUAAACUGGGAUAAGAGUCUUUUCCUGAAACAUCGACGGCAGGAGCUAAAAGCUCUCCUAGAGGAGCUGGACUUCUAUAAGCCGGAUCUGGGAGGACUGGAGGUGAUUGGAAAAGGGCAGCCUUUCACAUCUGUCUCAACUAAGGCUUUUCAACAUACCGCCAUUUCUGAAGAGAUUGAGAUCCUCAGUGACCCCUUAGGUGACUCCUUCACUGAGGUUCCAGAAGAAGCUGAAAAUGUUCCAUCUUUAGUUUUCUGUGGUGAGCCUGCUCGUUGGAUCAAGGGCAUCACUGCUUGCAGGAAGGAAAUUGGUAUUGCUGCCCGGCUCACCUUUGAGACUCUGGCUAGUGAGAAGGCUGAAAGCUUCCUGACAGUGACCAAUGAUGGCAGAGCUUCCAUUUGGUACAACUGGAUGAGGCUUCCCCAGCAGAUCCCCUCCAGAGAAACCAAGGGGAGGAAAGUUCCCUGCUUUUACUUUGAUACCAGACCAGGUGUAAUUUUGCCUGGAGAAACUAGGAGGUUUUCUUUUAUUUUCAAGUCAGAGAGAGCAGGCAUUUUCAGUGAGCCCUGGGAAUUUAGGACACAUCCUCUGUUAUUAGGAGGAGCUCUGCUUCAGGUGACCCUUUGGGGAAUUGCUGUGUAUGAGGAUAAAUUGGCUGACUUCAGAGAGAAAUUGGAGAGUGAGCUGGCUGCUCGAGAAGGUGCUUCUAUAGUGAAAGAAAGCCUGAAUGAACUUCUUAACCAAAUUCGGACACCCGAGCGCACCCCAUCUCCUGUGGAUUCCUGUGUCACAGAGGAAGAGCUGUUUCACAGGAAAAAUCCCAAGUUGCAUUAUCAGCAUCAAGUGGUAAAGCAGCUGCAUAAACUGUGGAGACAGCAGCUGACUGUGCCUCCAGUCUUGGAGGAGGAAGUGCCCUUGGACCAGAGGAGCACUGCAGAGGACAUGGAGUACCAGGAAAGCACCUUGGAGCUUCCCUCUGUCCGGAGCAUCACCACUGAGCUCCCACGUGGGAGGUACACAUUAGAGGACAUUCCAAGGAAAAAGUGCACUGAGGAGGAAGAAGCAGGUCCUUCAGGAUGGAACCUUUCCCUUGAGGACUUCAAACAGGCUAUAAUGUCAAUCUCCGGGAAGGAGCAGCAGGAAGAAGCACUGACCCAGCUCAAUAAGGCAGCUCUGGAGCUGUGUGUUGAACAGAGGCCGACUCAGUUAGACCUUCUGUAUCCACUCUGCCUCCAGCUGUGGCGUGGAGCAAUUGAUGACUUGGUGAGUCACUCUCUGAGGCUGAGAUCUGUGCUUGGUUUGAUUAAGAAGGACAUCUAUGCAGAAGCUGUUCUAGAGGAAACAGAGGAAGUAAAGAAAGGAGGAGCAAAAAAAGGAGGAAAGGAAGACAAAAUAGCUACUAAGAAAGAAGAGAAAAAGGAUAAAGAAGGCAAAAAAAGUAGAGGGCCAUCAGGAAAGGAGAAAGCAGUCAUGAAAGGGAGAGCAGAGACCAUCAAAGGAAGAUAUGAGAAGCAGAAGGUGAAAGAGGAAGCUGCAACUACAGUUGGGGUAGAACCUGUUCAGGAGCAGGUGGACUCUAUUUCACUUGAAAUAUACCGGGAAAAGCUCUACAUUGAAGUAAGCUACAAAGCUUGUAUCAUUGUCAGGGUUUUGUUAUUUUCUUGUAAGGCGCACUUACAGAGGCUCAGGGGGAGAGGCAAGCAUUUUGUUAAACUCAGAAAACUGGCAGCCAUAUGUCCCUUGUGCUACAGCAAGGUAAGUGUGAAAUCCAAAUUAAUUUGUUUCAGCCUGGAAUCUUUUAGCAGCAAUCCAGCCAUCACAUAGCCACAUGCGGGACUUCUAUCUGGGAUGUCUUUAGCAUUGCUUGCAGACUCUGGAGGGAUCAGCUGAAUUAAUUGUACCUCAGAUAAUGUUAAACACACUUCAUAGCCAGGGAAGUUAUUACUAGAGCUCUGACAGCAGCAGGCUCCCACUUCUAUAUGGUUGUGUGUGUGCCCAUAAGAAAAUGUACCUCAGAAACCAUCUCUGU